CACCAGUUGGUCAUGACUUCAUCGCCAUGCAAGAGUCCUCACAGACAUCAACAGCUCGUAAUGACUUCAUCGCCAUGGAUGAGCUUUCUUCAUAUUCGGAAGGAGAUAUAUUGCCGGAUAAAAGUUCCUGGGUGAGACGGGACGCAUGGACAAGUCUCUCUGUAAUAAACAUAUACCUGCUGGUCAACAAUGUUGGGUCACUUCUUGGAGAAGACAACCCUAAAAAUAAGGGUGAGGAGAGGGAAGACGAAGGAGGACAACAGAUGCCAAUGAUGGUGCGGGGUGACAACCAACAGCUGUGGCCAGGUGGCAACCUUGUAUACAAGCUGGACUACGAUGUUGAAGAUAAUGUUUAUGGUGAGUGAUAUCUCCAGCACUCUCUCUACAACACUGUCUCUCCAACACUACCGCUCCAAAAUUCUCUCUCUAACACUGUCUGUCCAACACUGUCUCUAAAACACUAUCUCUACAACACUGCCUCUCCAACACUGUCUCUCCAACAUUCCCUCUCCGACACUGUCUCACCAUCACUCUCUCCAGCACUCCAACACUGUCUCUCUAUCACUCUCCAACACUGUGUCAUAUAGUGGGGUCGUGGAAAUGGGAACAAAGGAGAAUAAGUAAGGUCAGGAAGUAGAGGUAACGUGAAGUCACUGGUGACUACCAUCACCUCUCGUCAACCUUCCUUAAUAAAUUAUAUAAAUAAUGAUAAGAAUAAAGAUGAGGACAGUUAAUACACUAUUCCACUCAAAUACACCAACACCGUCUCACCAACACCGUCACACCAACACUGUCUCUCCAACACUGUCACACCAACACUCUCCAACACUGUCACACCAAUACUGUCACACCAACACUCUCUCCAACACUGUCACACCAACACCGUCACCCCAGCACUGUCUCCAACACCGUCACAAAAAAACUGUCACACCAACACUGUCUCUCCAACACUGUCACACCAACACUCUCCAACAUUGUCACACCAAUACUAUCACACCAACACUCUCUCCAACACUGUCACACCAACACCGUCACCCCAGCACUGUCUCCAACACCGUCACAAAAAAACUGUCACACCAACACUGUCACACAAACACCGUCACCACCAACACCGUCGCACCAACACUGUCAUACCAACACUAUCACACCAACACUGUAUCUCCAAUACUGUCACAUCAACACUGUCAUACCAACGCUAUCACACCAAUACUGUCUCUCCAAUACUGUC